CUCCGAAGAGUGGAAAUGAUCAACACACAAGCAAGAGCUGUUCUCCUGGAUUCAGCAUGUGUGCUCCGUUGGGUCAGGCUGCAGGCUCCGGGGCCUCAGUGGUGCUCCGAUGCCCCUCAUACAAAGAUAAGCACAGCCGGACAAGAUGUGAACAGGGAUCUGAAUCAAGAUGUGCUUCUUUACAAGGAUGGGAAGUUGACAGUGAAACAGGUAUCCUCGCUGGACUGUGACUCAUCAGUUCUGCUCUUUCAGUACGAGCUCAGUGAGCAGUUGUCAUGGAGCAUGCAGACUGUGCUUUCUGGCCACAGCCUCUUUGUUGGUUUACCAAACGGAGAACUUCUCAAAGGCACCAAAGAAGGGCUCACCGCUGUUUUAGAGUUUGCAGAGGAGAAACUGAAGAUCAGUCAUGUUUUUGUCUGGUUCAUGAAGAACAGGCCAGAUAAAUUGCUCCUUACCAGAACAUUCUUCUACCUUGGCUUUGAGCUUGUGAAACCAGAUCAUCUUAUUGCAUCGAUAGCAGGAGAUUUGCGUCUUAUGGUCUACACAAUACAACAAACUCACUCAUCUGAGGAAUAACUGCAGAACUUCACCAUGCACAUCAUUUUAAAUCACUACAUGGACUAAAUAGAAAACCAGCAAACAGUGGUUCAAGGGGCAUCCAGGGUACAUCAACUAAGUAACUGAAAAAGUAAUGUUGACCUGACAAAAGAGAAAUGUUAACCUAACUGAUAAUACUAAAUAUACGUUAAUUUGUUCAUCCAAAGAAAUACAACCUUUAGAUUAAAUGUAAAUUAUGUGUUUAAAAUAUCAUUAGUUCAGGGUAAUACAUCAAUAUAUGUGUGCCAUUGUUGUAUGUUAAAAUGUCUCACAAUAACUCAGAUAACGUGUCCGUGGUAUGCGCACUGAACAGCUAUUCUUGUGUGCUGUGGUAUGAAUUUUACCUAACAUUGUUUGUGACAAUAAACAUAUGUAAUCUGAAUUAAAGCAAUACUGCAUGCUGUACUGUAAACUUUUGUUGCACUUUAUCAAUUACAGACCUUGGUCUUUCAGUAGAUCUACAAAUAAAAUGAUGUUCUAUAAUUGUUCAUAGGCCUACUGGAUAUUGAAUUAAACAUGAUUUGAACAUGAA